AUGGAACUAGAAGCCCUGUCUGGUCGUCGGUGGCGCAGGAAGAAGUUCGGCAAAGAAGAUUACAUUGUGUUCGGUUUAGCGGGGAUUUUGCACUUCCAGGUUAAUCUACGCUGUUCACGUCUUCUCAAAACAAUGCUACACCAAGAAAAACGACGCCCCAUGGUCACAAAACCUGAGGACAGACGAUUAGAGGCUGCGAUUUUGGCGUUAGAAGAGAAAACCUUGCCGGAACCAAAGAAGGAGAAAUGGCGAAAGUGGCAAGCUUAG